CCUGUUAUCGUCAUACGGCCGUUAAUUAUUAUGGGUAUUUGGCCAAAUAACGACAUUUUAUAUCCUGACCGCUCUAAACUAUAUUAUACCGUCGUGUAGUGUAUAUCGCGCCCGGCCGAUAAGUCUGUAGCAAACGUCUUUAGCACGCGACACGUCAAUACGACAAGACGUGGCGAUACAUUUUCCUAUUAACAUACACCAACUUAGUGCGCAAUAUUUCUAGCGAAUAGGUACUCGCGAGAGCCAUACUAUGUGUGUGUGAUGAUCGGGACCCGAUCGAUAAUAUUAUGCAUCGAAACAUUAUGUGAAAAGAAAUUUAUAAAAAUGUCGAGUCUUUAAUCGUCGCUGUCGUCGUGAUUGCCUUUGGACCUUUACCUUUUUUUUCAUAUAUCAUACUGCGGCUUUUACGUCCACUUCCGGUUCGUUUUCCUAUCGUCGUUGCGUUUUUGCCGGGCCUCGAGAUGCGUACGUUCGGCGCCUAUGUCGUGUCGUUGUUCCACGUGUUCACCGUCACCAACACCGGCUCUUUUCUCAACCUCCAGGGCAUAAACGAUUGUUUCGAAAGAGUGGCCAUUGGAAAGCGUUUGAAUAGUUCAGAUGUGACAAAAACAAUAUCUACCACAAAUAUAAAACAAUGUAGUAACGAAUGCGAACGAAUGUUGUGCAACACAUAUAGUUAUGGAUUAAACAGCAGUGGAAAUGGCACUUGUCUACUUGGUUUAGAUCUGCCAAAAUCGGGACCGUACGAUGAUCCGGAAUACGAUCUUUUCAUGAAAAUAUUGCAAUGUAGAGAUAGAACAACGUGUUUCAUUAAGCUCGUGGGAGGCCGCCGUCUUACCGAUAAAUACAUUCAAAGAACUCUACCAGCUGAUUCAAAAGGAGAUUGUGAAAUAUAUUGCGAAUACGAAAAAGAAUUUCGUUGUGAAGGAUUUAACUUCAGAUACGACAUGAAGUUGGACUCUUAUAGCAGUUGCCAACUAUCAUCCGUAUCUUCUGACAAGCUAGAUCUGUCCCUAGACUUUCAAUCGGACGUGGAAUACGAUUAUUUCGAGAAAAAUGUGAAUGCUUCACCUAGCUGUCGGUACACGGAGCUGGCCAAUCCGUAUGGUCAGAGGCGCAAGUGGGGUGGGUCCGGAAAUGAACAGGACCUAUGGCAAGACCUCAGUACACAGUGGCAACAGGGCAACGAAGUGGCGUAUGGUGGUGGUGACAGAGUUUUCUAUGACCAGUUGAAACCAGGCGUGCAGGAACUUUUCAGUGGUGGUGGUGGAGGCGGGUCGUCACUGGUCAGACCAACCGACCUGUAUAUCAACGACGUCCGGUUACUGUACAAUAACAUACAACCGACGUUGACGGCGACAACGGUGAACCGACUUCCGGCAUCGAUCAACGAGUGUUUCAUCAAAGCUAGAACGGGACACCAUUUGCAGCAAGAAAACAUUAUAAAAUCAACCAAUGCUCCGUCUCUUUACGGCUGUGAGACCAUGUGUGCUAAUGAACAGACAUUCACUUGCAAUAUAUUCAGUUACAGAUAUAGUUUUACGUCCUCUAUGGACAAUUGUCAUUUGGGCGAUAAAAUGCUCAGACAAUUGGACAUUUUCCAAGAUUUAGUCCCGGACAGGGAUUGCGACGUAUUUGCACGAAACGAACUCAGUCAGCCAGGAUGUCAACCUGCGAAAAAUUGGGACACUGAUUGUUUUGAAAGAAUCCGGAGUGGUUUGACGUUGGAAGUGUCCAUAGUGAAAUUUUCGGUGCAGACGGAGAAUUUGCACGAGUGUGAACUUAUCUGCCUCCACGUAAAACACUUUACUUGUCGGGUAUUCAGCUUUCGACGUGGGCCGCCCGUCAUCGGUAAAUGGUCAGACAACUGUUACCUGACUGAUUACCCGGUACUCGACAUGGAUCCGGUUAAACACUUCGUUGAAGAUUCCGGUUGCGAUGUCUACAAUCGUGGUAGCUAUGGUCGCGGGUGUGAACUGGAUAAGGUCCUGCCGCAAUCUGGGUGGCCAUUGGUCCCGGGACAGGACCUGACGCCUACCGUGCUCACCACGUAUCGGCCUCAGUACGGUGUGCCUCCUCCACUGACGCCGUCUUUGUAUGGACCAAAGUACGGUCCACCAUCGUCACCACCACUACAAUUUUUCCCCAUAGUACCAUCUGAGUCACCACCACUAACACCAUCGCCAUCACCAUCACCACCACAACCACCGCAAUACUACCCCGUCGGUCCUCAAUCAUCACCAUCACCACCACCUCAAUACUACCCCGUCGGUCCUCACUCAUCACCAUCACCACCACCGCAGUACUUCCCACCCCCACCACCGUCAACUCUAUCACCACCAUCCGGAUAUUACCCCGUCACGCCUACUGUCUUUAACACACCCACUAGACCUACGGGUUCUUACGUGCCAUCCAUGCCUCCUACCACAUUCUUUCAGAUACCAGGAGAAUACACUCCUGUGUCUGUCAUGCCAACAAACAGGUUGCCUGGAGUUCCAGGAGGUGUGUACAAUGAUUUGUUCAAUCCAUAUGGGCAGAACCCCACCAUAGUACCGACAAUCUACGGGACGGCAAAAAAGCUGUGUUACAUAAAUUUUGGAAAUACUGCCAGACUAUUGCCGUCAGCCAUAAAAAAGUCUAUGACCGUCGAAUCAGAAUACCAGUGCAAAAUGGAGUGCAAUAAGGCCAGGGAAAGCCAAUACUUUCGGUGUUCUACACUCAGCUACUUUGGAGGUUAUUGCGAGUUGAGUGACAUCGAGAUGAGAGAUUUGAAACCAAACCAACAUUUCAGUCUAGACCAACAGUUCUUAUUGUACACGUGGGACUUUAGCGAAGUCCAUUGUUUCAGUUCACCCGUACCCAAAUACCCUCCGACCAAUGGCUUUUCAGGUGGAUUGGAAUGGACAUGGAUGAGAUUCACUGUCAACGGACAACCAUGCAGACCCGGUUCGUACUGUACGGAAAACGUCAACAUGGGUAUCUGGUCUUGUCCGGUUGAUCAAGGCGAUUGGGAUUACUGUUGUCGGCCUGAUCAUAAAUGUGGUUAUUCCGAAGGGGUCAGUUAUCCCUGGUGUCACGUGGGAAAAUCCACAGAUCAGUGGCGACCGUGUAGCGAUAAGUAUUUCCCUUCAACGGACGGACCACCACAAACUUGGCCGAUGACGUACAUCCAUCACAUGGGUCCACCGGUCGCCCAGAACCCUUCUAGCCCUCUACCACCCCAUGGUGACAACAGCAACAGCGGAAACAACAACACCACGCAGACAGAAGUAAAACACGAACAGUCGCUGGUCGAUCAAUUUCUGUCAAUAUUCACGUCCUCAUCGACGGACGUCAGCAGCAGUGUGGUCUCGUCAACCGAACCUGUCGCCGAGGCCGCCACUGCUUCGUCAAAGACCGUCAAACCUGACCCCGACCUGCUACCCGGUUUUCGGGUGGUAGACGUAACCGACAAACCCCAUUCGACUAGCAGGCUGUACUCGUAUCACGGGACCAAUUACAACAGCAAUCGUCUCCGGAAUUAUUUUGCAAGAAAAAGACCAGUAGUCUACACUUAACGCCCGCUUGGUGAUGGUGAAUGUAUACUUUAUAGAGGCCACCUGAUAUCAUGGAGCCUUAUGAAAAGAUCAUCAAGUCACAUCAAAUUGUAUAUAAUUUAUACCUAGUAUUAACGCGUUAAAUGUUAUCACAUUUAUUACAUUUCUGAGAAACGGAUUGGCCAUAUGAGUAGCCUCCAUACGCGCAACGGACCCGAUUCACGAUAUUGGACGAUAGUAAUUAUUAAUAUAAUUCAUUCUCUACAUGACAACAAUCCCUCGUUUUCGUAAACUCACCUUUAUAUAACGCUCUUUAAGGCUUACAACUCGUAGGAGUAAUACGUGAACGGGUGCUUAAAGAAUUCCAGAGCUUGGAACAUGAAUGAAUCCAAAAAGAACAAUCAUGGCAGGCAAUAACCUAAUAGCAUUUUUUUGAAAAACUAAUUACCUACAUUUUAUUUU